CUUUUUCUCUGUUUCAGAAUUCAAAUUCCCGCUGAUUCUAAGUCUCCACACGAAGGAAGAAAAUCUUCGUCAAGAUGAGAUCAUAUGGCAAAGAGAAGAAGUUAGUGUUUCCGUACGUUUUCAUUGCGUGUUGCUUCUUCUUGGCCAUCUUCGGUUUCUGUUUCUUCAAUCUUUUCUCUCAGGGAAUUAGUUUCAGUGAGAUUCCGACAACAAGAAGAUCUGUUAACGAUGAAACUGAUUCUUUGGAUCAUGGUUCUUCUGUCUCUAACAUUCCUUUUCAUGGUUUAAGCUGGAAUCCUCGAGUUUUUUACUUGCCGAAUUUCGCAACGAAACAACAAUGUGAAGCCGUUAUCGAUAUGGCAAAGCCUAAGCUUAAGCCUUCUACGCUUGCUUUAAGGAAAGGUGAAACCGCAGAAACCACUCAAAACUACCGGAGUCUUCAUCAGCACACCGAUGAAGACGAAUCCGGGGUUUUAGCUGCCAUCGAAGAGAAAAUAGCUUUAGCCACAAGAUUCCCCAAAGAUUAUUACGAAUCAUUCAACAUCUUGAGGUAUCAGCUUGGCCAGAAGUAUGAUUCACAUUAUGAUGCUUUCCAUUCAGCAGAGUAUGGUCCCCUAAUAAGCCAAAGGGUCGUGACUUUCCUAUUGUUCUUAUCGAGUGUCGAAGAAGGUGGAGAGACGAUGUUCCCAUUCGAGAAUGGGAGAAAUAUGAAUGGAAGAUAUGAUUAUGAGAAGUGUGUUGGUCUGAAAGUAAAGCCGCGACAAGGAGACGCCAUUUUCUUCUACAAUUUGUUUCCAAAUGGAACGAUCGAUCAAACAUCUCUACAUGGAAGCUGUCCUGUUAUCAAGGGUGAGAAAUGGGUUGCCACCAAAUGGAUAAGAGACCAAACAUAUGAUUGA